UGAAGCUCGGCCGCCAUCACGAACGACACAGUAACUAUCCAGACCAGGAAGUUCAUGACCAACCGACUACUUCGGCGCAAACAAAUGGUCAUUGAUGUCCUUCAUCCUGGAAAGGCAACAGUACCUAAGACAGAAAUUCAGGAAAAACUAGCCAAAAUGUACAAGACCACACCAGAUGUCAUAUUUGUAUUUGGAUUCAGAACCCAUUUUGGUGGUGGCAAGACAACUGGCUUUGGCAUGAUUUAUGAUUCCUUGGAUUAUGCAAAGAAAAAUGAACCCAAACAUAGACUUGCAAGACAUGGUCUGUAUGAGAAGAAAAAGACCUCAAGAAAACAGUGAAAAGAACGCAAGAACAGAA